GACCUAUGACCAGGGCGCGUCCAUGGUUGAUGACAAAAUGGCAGCGGAGGAGAGAGCCGGCGAGAAUUCCACGCCAGAAAGUGACGAAACCAUCGAAGAAGGUUAUGAUUUCAGCGAAAGUGAGAACAUAUAUGAGGUAGAGAAGAUUCUAGGUGUGACCAAGCAUGAGGGGAGGCCUCUGUACCGCGUCCGAUGGCAAGGUUAUGGCCCCGAGGAAGACACCUGGGAGCCCAGGGAGAACUUACUGACCUGCGAGGACCUGGUAGAGGAGUUCAUCGAGAAACAGAAACUACGCAAGCAGAAGAUCAGCCAGAACCUUGCCAAGAAAUACAAGAAAUCUCCUAAGAAGCGCACCCCACCCAAAGAGUCCUCUGCUACUGCCCAACCCAAACGGAGACGAUCAUCUGAGAAAGAUGCCUCGGACAACGAGACAGCCAAUGGUCAGUCCAAUAGGAAGUGCUCUUCCAGUGACAAUGAAGGACCCCCACCCCUUAAGGACCCAUUUUGGGAUAACCUAGAGAAGGGCCUGAUCACAUUUGAUGGGGACAUGUACUCCAAGGUCAAGAGCCGGCGAGCCACCUUGGAUGCUAAGAGGAGCGGCCAGUCCACAGAGAGCGCUGGCAAAGACCCAGACAAGCAGCAGCAAGAAUGGGCCAUGUCCAGAGAGAGGACCCAGAAAGUUAUCCCCAAGAAAGAGGAAGUAAAGGAUGGUGAUGCAAAGGAGGAAGCUACCCCAGACAGUGUGGGAGAUGUCAAGCCCAGCCUGGUCAAGGAUGAGCCCUUUCUGGGAGAAGGAGAGAUGCUACCGGAGGACAUGUACUCAAAGGUGAAGAGCCGGCGAGCCUACCUGGAUGCCAAGAAACUAGAGGCAGCCAAGGAGGAGAUGAAGCAAACCAAGAAGACCAAGAAGGAACACAGGCACCACCGUCACGGCCACCAUCGCCACAAGAAGUCCAAGAAAGACGGCACCCGCAAACCCAAGACCCUUAUCGACCUGGAGGCGAUUGGGUCCCUGGAGACGGCCACCCAGAAGACACUCAGUAUGAGCCCCUCCAUCCUGGAGAGGGAGACCAAUGCCGCCAACCUUUUCCACACACCCGACUCUUGCCUGUCUGUGGAGGAGGUACUGACUGUAGCUAAGCUGGAGGAAAAGACCAGGAAUGGGAACUAUGGGCGACAGCUCUCGGGUCAGUCGGUGGAGGAAGAUGGAGAGGGAGACAAGAUAAGGAGAGUGCUACCACUGCAUUUGGAAACAAUGGGAAGUACACCAUCCACUUCUCAAGCUGUUCCUCUGACACCCUCAGCAGACAGCAAGCCAAUUUUUCAAGGUGUGCCUCUUCAAUCUACCUCACACCUAUCACCCCAGGGUCACUCUCCAACCUUCCACCCCACGCCAAACUUUCCACCAGUCCCUCUAGCUGGUGCUGGCAUAAUCCCAGACACGCCAGAGUCCCCUGACGAUUCUCAGAAGGGGCCGGGCCCCUCCGUGUGGAAACCAUGGGAAGUCUCCAGCCAGUGCAGCAUCAGCAGUGGCAGCGGCAGUAGCAGCAGCAACAACAACGGUAGCGUAUUGGUGUCCAGUGCUGAGUUGGCUGUCCCAGAGUGUUGCACGAUGGGAGCGCCCCACCCUAAGGACAGCGUCCGUGAUCUAGGCCAGGACUUGGCUGACAAAGUGUCCCUCCAAGCCAAAAAUGUGGUCAGCCCAACCCCCAAAGAGAUUCCUCGCACCACUACCAUCCUUUGCAGCUACAACAACACUGCCAAAUUCUCUGAUGCUCCUGCGAUGGCAUCGACAGAAACUGCCAUAACUCGAGAUGCUGCCUCGAUGACCCCAUUGGACACACUGCCGCCUGCAAACACAGUCAAAGCCAUGGAUGUGGCACCAGUGUUUGGCCACUCAAAGCCUUGCAGUUUCAAGAUGAAGGAACCCCAGAGGACAGCUCCAGUUCCGGACAAGGUACCUGCCUGGCUGGAGCUGCAGAAUUUUGUUGAGAAAGAUCCCAUAAUGAUGGGUCACUCUGCUAAGAGGAGCGGUCAAGAGAAGGCUGCAAAGCCGCCAGACAUGGCUUUGCCCAACGUGCUACCUUUGAGCCCUUGUGGCCAACCCACUCAGGGCAUCUUUUUGGGCGAGCACCAUCAAGGGUCAGUAACCGAGAAGAACGCAGAUGGGAAAACAUACCCAGCAGGUCAGCUGAGGAGGGAUGUAACGGCUUGCAAAGCCAGUAGUGAAAAGAAACACCAUAAACACCAUAAGAAAGCAGGUACUAAGCCAUCCCUUAACCCAACCAAGAAAGACCGACCUUCGGAAAAAAGCCGUGCCUCACAUGACAUGAAGACAGAGCGCCCAAAACCCACCAAGAAGAAAGAGAAAUCCAAAAAGACCAAAUCCAAGAUAAACGUAGGGGAGUCCAAGAAGAAGAAAACAUACUCUGUCAGAGAAAGUGCUUCGCUUGCCAAAAGCAUUCUGCAAAGUGAGCCGUCCCUUCCUAGUGAAAUAGAGGAAUUGCUUGCACGGGCAUGCCCUAAGCAAGGUGGUAUCCAAUUUGAUUUUGAGGAAGAUACUUCAACCGAAGAGCCUUGGGCCAAACCAGGACUGUCCCCCAUCAUAUUGUCCAAUGAUGCCCUGAAACAGGCCGUGAAAGACGGCCUGACUGAGCGCGUGCGGGAGGCCCUGUGGCUGAAUGGCACCCACGACCUGGAGCAGCAGGACCCAGCCUGCGGCACCACACUACUCAUGCAAGCGUGCAUGUACCGACAUGAUGAGAUUGCGAAGCUUUUGAUUGCCAAUGGCGCCCUGGUCAACAUCGUGCAGACCAAAACCGGAUUGACCCCUCUGAUGUACGCUGCAGAUUUGGGGUUCUACAACACAGUCGCCAUCCUCUUGGAGGCUGGUGCCCAUGUCAAUCUACAGCAGGCUACAACAGGAGAGACUGCCUUGAUGAAGGCUUGCAAAAAAGGUCAUGCCCAGAUUAUCAACCUGUUGUUAAUUUUUGGAGCCAACUGGGCCGUUACCACCCCCUCUGCCAACACGGCCUUGGAAUUUGCCAUCCUGUAUAAGCAUCCUGACAUCUACGACAUCGUAAGCAAUCACAUUAACAGGGUGGUCAUGCAGUUUGAGAGUACUAUCAACCAGUACCUGUGUGGCACAGCCAAGCUCACAAAGCCAGUGUUUCCCUUGCAGUGCUUCCGAAUCCGCGAGAGUACUGAGCACCAUAUCUACCUCAAUCACGACUUCAGACAGUACUCUCACAACCAAGGUUGUGGGAAUGUGUUGUUCAUCGGCCAUGCACAUCUGGGCUUGAAUGGGCUGAUGUGCAGACUGACCGGCCACAGCUUUGUGUACAAGGUGACACUGAAUGGGCAAGACCUUCCCCAAUUGUCUCAGGGUUCAAAUUUUCUACUUUCGUUUCUACCGAAGAAUGGCCGCAAUUUGAUAACAGUUAAGACCAUCUGUGACCCCUACACAAAGAUGCUGCUCCUAGUUGGUGCUUACUCGCUGCAAAUAACGUCAGACGGACCUCAAAUAGGCUUUUAAAUGGGCACACUUUCUGGAUGAAGGGACGACUAGCAGUAGUGUAGUUUUGGGCCCACCACUCCAGAAGUGUGUUGUCAUGUUGCAAAUUCUCCAUCACAUGUCUAACAUUUUUAACAUUUGUCUGCACUAAAGUGUUGGCUUUCUGUCCAAUUUAUUUUUGGCUGAGGUAAGAGAAUCGUUGCAAUUAAGUUAACGUGCUGAGAGUGUGUACAUCUGAGGUCAGACUGAUUUUGGUGAAUCAAAUGAAAGUAGUACAGAUUCGUCAAUUUUGCAUUGACAGUAGCAGCCUUAUUAAAAGUUGAACACUGAUGUAGGUGACGAAAGGGUUUCUGUUGUGGUAUUAUAGACCUGUCACAGAUGGUCUGUUAGUAGCCUGGAAUAAACCGCUGAACAUUUUAGCACACAGUUGUUUGUGCCGGCAUUCCCCCACAGCGGAUUUCAUACACUCCCAGUCUUUCCACAGAAGGUCCCAUGGGGAGUCUGAAGUCUCUCAAGUACAGAUUUCUUUAGGCAUGGCUGCAUGGGGAGUUGUUUUAGAAAAGUAGGCUAGACAGCUGUCACAAUUGCAGUUGGGUCCAGCAAGUAUGAGGACAUGUCACAGGGUAAGGUAGAACUUUAAUGUAUGUCUGAGAAACUAGAUUUCAUGGUCUGAGUGUUAAGUCUGGAGAUGUGUUGGAACACAAACUGUUGGACCAGUGUCCAGGCACAUGUACACGUACCAUUUUCAUUAGGUGCUGGGCUUGGUCCCACAGUUUUCUCCAUGUAUCUUACACACAAGUUACUAUGUCGGGUACCAUGCUCAGCCUUAACAUUCCUACUUGUGAAAGUACUCAGUCGACAUUGCAACAUCAAGAAAUUCUUCCUGUACCAUCCUAAAAUGCGUAUUUUAGUGUACUUGGUAAGUCAGAAACAAGGACUCAACUGAUGGGAAACAGAAGGUACGAGCAGAGAGCUAGCACAAGAUGGAAUGUUGUGUUCCCUUUAGAGUGUUCAUGCCAGGCUAUAUGUAGGUUUAUCAAGGCUAGCAUUCAAUCUCAAACCUGUGGUGUUUCCAGCUCCCAGUGUAGUUGUUGUGGCUAGCACAGUAACUAGUUAUGUUCCUCUGUAGCAUGUACUUUUUCCAACUCCUUAGGGAUAAUACACAAUAAUUAGCUAUUUAUUUGUACAUUUUUAAAUUACCGAUCAUAGAUCUCUUGUAAAAUUGUAAUUGUAAAUAGAAGGACACUUCAGUUUGAUUACUUGGUCUGUUCUAUUUAUUUUGUGUGUGAAGGUACUUGCUUGAGUUGUUUUUCUGAGUUUUCUUACAGUUUUUAACUAAUUCCAAUGAAUGAUGAAAAUGUCUGAUCUACAUGUGUUUGCAUGUACUGCUGAUACAUGUAAGCAAAAAAAAUAUCCAGUUUCGUCAUUACAUAUCCUAUAAGGAGGAACAAAUAUACGGAGCAUUACUUUUAUGUGACAUAAGCUGCAUUGGACAGUUUGCCCUAGUACGGUACGUAUUGUAUCUGUAGUUUUCACAACCACAGAGAUCUCUUUUACGCUUACAUUUUUCAUAGAAAAGUACUCCUGUAAUAUUUUAUAAUUGCCCAAAAGCCAGGUGCUAUAUCUUGUAUACGAUGCAGAUUGCAACUAUAUGAAGCCAUUUUUACGUGCACGUACAUAUGAACUGUGGAUCUGCACACUUUUUGGGUGGAAUUGGGACCAAAUGACAGACGAGCAUACCUAUGCAAAGAAAUGAAGACACCUUGUUAUUCGACAAAAGUGGGGUCCAAUGCAAAAGAAAUUGUAAUUCACACAGUGCCAGGGUUUUGAUCAAGUUAAACACAGUUCAUAUCCCAAGUCAGGGCAGCACUGGCAUAUCCAUGUAGUAAGUUUGACAGGACUGGAUUCAGAGAAAACUUCAGUUGAAAGUAUGAAAUUUAACAAAAGUGUAAAACUGCCAUUUGAGACUGUGUUUGAAAAUACAGGUUUCAAGGAAAUCAAUAAAUGAUAUAAUUUUGUAUUUCAAAAAAAGCUGCCAGAUACAAGACAUAACAUCAACAUCUGGACCUAGUUAUGGUACGCACUGACUUUGAAUUAUAUUUUUACUUGACUACUUUGCAUUAGCAAAAUACAUGUACAGUGUAGUCUGAUUUUUCUGCAAAAGGUCGACUACAGCAUGACAAUCUCACACAGGUUAUGGCUGAGGAUGUGGCUAGUUUUAUUGCUGCCAUUAAACUACAUGUACAGGUAUAUUGCAUAGCCCUAUCCACUUUGAUGAUCCAUUGUAGCAGUAACUACACUCUUAUAAAUUGCCAUAUCGACCUCUCUUUUUCCACCUCUCAAGCAUCAUUUUUUGCCAACCUUGGUUGGCAAAACUAUUGCAGGCCAUAAGUACAAAACCGAAGGAGCAAAUCUCAUGCAAAUAUUAAGACACUAAAUUGUAAAUAAUUCAAUUGAAUACUAAAUGAUCCUCCAAGUUUAACACAGAUGACGGAGUGUGCAUAUUGAGACAGAAAUUGUUGCCAACAAGACUGAAAAUCUGAAAAGUUUAGCCACCAAAACAAAAUAGAAGCAAAAGAAAAGUCUGUGUGGACGGUUGCCCUAUGAGGAAGUUGAAGGCUGGUACCCAUAACAUCGUCAGCUAAAUAUGUAAUGAUCUCUGCUUACAUCCUCUGGAAAUAGGUCUAAGGUGGCAAAUAGUACAGUAACUCAACAAAGGGCCUACAUAUACAUAUCUGUGACGUAUUAAACACAGAAUAUUAUCGUCAGUCUGUGACCGUCCGUCCUCAACAUCACGUUGUGUUUUAUGUAACAACUUGCUGCAUUUCGACAUACUUUUGUACAUUUUUAAACAACCAUGCUGCACCCCAUACUGCAGGUUUCAUUAAAUUUCUGAGCAAUUUUUGUUUCUGCUUUUAUACUUUUUUGAAGUUGCUCAACCAUGCUUCGAUAAAACAGGGUGCUUCAUAAUGAAUAUUUUUAAGAGCUUUUCAAGAAUUGGUAGAAAGAGGCCCACUAACAUGCACUCGAAAGUAAAGAGUAGGUAAUGUCAUAAAUCUGACAUCCAUGGUCCUGAUAUUCUUCGGUUGUGUGAAUACUACAAACUAACAAAAUUCCCCCGGUCAACUAAAUUUGUAAUCUUUGCCCAGGAAGAACUGAUUUUUGUGUGUGCAAUUGCUUAAGAAUCCAGCUUAAUUCAGUAUCAGCAUUUUAAUCGGAGAAAGGGCCCAGUGCAAAGCUCUGUUUGCAGUUUGCUCAAGAUUACAUUCACUAGAGCUUUAAAGUUUGAUUCUGACAAUUACAUACAGUGUACGCUCGGAGCUGGAGAGUUCACAGCCUUUGAUCAAUCUCCCCUUGAGACAUUGGAAAGUCAAACAAGUUGUGUUCUUUUUGGGGGUGUCUUUAGAAUAUGUGUUGUUACGUCUCCAUUGUCAAAGCUGAAAUUUCACACCAAAGACAUGAUUCUUCAAACUAUUUUUCAGUACAUUUCCGAGAAAAUUCAUACUUGCCUACUCUUAGUUUUGAGCCCAAAUUAGUACAAAAUCAAACAGUUACAGGAAUAGUUCUUGACGCGUGCAGAAACCUUAAAGUUCUUUGGAAAUCUCCUAAUGACUUAUGAUUACAUAAAAUGCUGCAGUUUUGUGAUCUUCAUAUAAAGCAGAGUACUGUAACUGUGAUAUACAUUUUUGUAAUGUGUGUAGCCCGCAGUAAAGUAAUAUAUAACAAACUGUUCCAAGUCAAUGCAAGUAGAGAAUUUUAUAGUGUUGUAUGUGUACUUGCACUUGAAGAUAAGAUGCAUGCCAACAUAAUCCCAUAUUUAAUGAACUUAAUCCUAAACCUCAAUCCUCCAAAUCCUUCGGGCAGUUUUGGAAGAUUUUUGAGGUUUCAGGGUGAAUGGCAAAAGUAUAU